AUGGCCACGGGAACAAGACCUCGACCCAGCGUCGUGGGCAUCGACCUUGACAUCAACAUCCACGACGACGACCGGAGUUACAACCACCCCAGCGCCCCCACCAAGGACGUCUCGGUCCUCGACGAACUCCCUCUCGGCAACAUCCAGAACCUUGCCCAGCAUUCCAUCGACUCGUUGUCUGCCGACCUCGACAAUUUCCACAUACACACGCUAGACCUGGCCAAGGAGAACGCCUAUUCUCAACAGCAGUUGCUGCAGCCGCACACGGCAAAGCUCCGAGGGCGCAAGGCCCGUCCCCACGUCAACGUGGAUACAUUUCAGGUUCCAGUUGCAGCGCCAGACCAAGACAACACGUCGUCUAGGGCAGUCUCUGGUUCGAGCUCAGACGUCUCCAGCGUUGGCUUGCUGUCAUCUGAAGACUUCCAAAAGAACAACGCACUUGCCAUUGCAAGCCACCACCUACCCAGCAACCAGGAGCAGCUGUCGAAACACCAGGCAGGUCAGUUUGAAUGGGUGCUCUCUAUCCCCAUCGGCAAUGCGGCCAGCGAUGCAGUCCAACCCAACCACGGGGAGUCGCGAGACAGGAGACUUCUCUUUGGGUGCAACCUGGUCCAUCGCAGAACCCAGUCCGGCGGCCAUGUUGGCAAGGACGCCAAGUCAGCUAACAUAUACACCCUCUUAGCCACCCGCAUUGAAGGUGAUGACGACAGGCCCACAAUCGACCAGGCCGCCCCAAUAGAGGACACAGACAUCAUGUCCACUACCACCCAGAUCCAGGAUCCCGACACGACAGUAAUCCGGAUGGCGGAGCCUCACCAGACCGAGGAAGGCGAGCUGCAGAGGGAAUCGCAACUGACGCUGGACACCAAGGCUGACGACACUGUCGAGCAUUUCAUUGCUCUCUCGCCCGCUGACGCCUCGCCCCGCAUUGAGGAUUCCGUCGAGGCCAUCGAUAAGCUCGAAGAGGAGCUGGAAGCCCUUAACGAGGUGACGCGGCUCGAUCGCGUCCUGUCCCCCGACGCUGGAAAGGCGUCGAAAGUGCAACCCCUUUUUGCGACAACAGCCACCGCGAAAGCUGCAUCGCUGCCAAAGCGAACAGGCUCGGUCGCAGCAAGUAACGCCGCCGCACGGAGGACGGGAGCUGAGACGGUCCGUAUCAAGAGGGUAGAGCGCACCUCCUCGGUGCGCAGGUCGACGUCGAUGACAUUCAGCCACGAGGAAGAGAGACCAGCUAGCGUGAGUCAAAACGUCGGCCCGAGAAAGUCGGCGGUGGCGAGACCCACCAGUCUGCUGCCGCCGAGACCGCCAGCCCGGUCUAGCAAGCCGCCAACGGUGUCGACGUUUGAACUCCCCGGCGAGGCAGUGGCGCGGCGGCUGAAGGAACAGCGCGAGGCCCGCCUUUCGCGCCAGAUAACAUCGGAAGAGGCGGCGGCCAUGGCUGCGGCUUUCUCUCCUUCUAAGCCUCACGCAAAGUCGACCAAGCCGCCGACGCGGCCAACGUUUGAGCUGCCCGGCGAGGCCAUCUCUCGGCGCAAGCGAGAAGAGCGCGAGGCCAAGCUGCGCGCGCAGGAGGAGGAGGAGCGCAAGCGCCGCGAGUUCAAGGCCCGGCCGGUCCGCAAUAGCAUCGCCCCGGGCAGCUAUCCGCGCGAGACGGUGGCCAGCCGUGCGCGCCAGGGCAAAGUAGCACAGCAGUCCGAGAACGGCGAGCCGGCAGCGCCCGCGACGCCCAUCGGAGGCACGAUCGCCCGGAAGCGGCAGUCCAUGGCGCCUAGCGGCCCCGGCAGUUCGGCCGCGCCCCGCGCCUCGCUCAGCGUGGCAUCCGGGAACCAGCAGCAGCCGACGCGCGGCCGCGGGUUGAUGGCGACAGCCGCCGACAGCUACCACCUCAGCCGGGCGACUAGCGCGACGUCGACUACGGGUAGCAUCCGCGGCAGCGGCGGCGGCAGCGUGGGCAAGCGCAGCACCAUCAGCAGCGAGGAGGCGCAGCAGCAGAAGCUGCGCGGCAAGGAGAUUCUGGCGCGCGACAGCGUUUACGUCGUCGACCGCGAGCGCGAGCGCCGCGAAAGGGAGGCGGCCACCAAGCUCGCCCGCCAGGAGGCGGCGGAACGCUCGCGCCAGCUCAGCCGCGAGUGGGCCAAGAAGCAGAACGCCAAGAAGGACGCGCUGGCGGCCAAGGCUGCCGGCCCGGCUAUGGCGGCGUGA